CUACUUUACAUUCUUAGUUUACAAAAUCUAGGAACUGGGCCCUCUCAAAGACAUUUUCUGUUGGUUGCUUUUUAAAAAUAGUUCCUGUUUUUAAUUUUAAACCUGGCUUUCUCUGAUUACCCCCUUUAGUCAGUAUAAAUUAGUGGCCAGCCAGUGAUGGGUCAGUGAGCUCCUUAAAUGCUGUGAACCAUUAAGUUUUCUACUUUUUGCAAAGGAAAUCUUUGUGUGAAGGUAUACCUCAAACUUCUGGAAGCUUUUAAAUCAGCCUUAUCUUUCACUUAUUACCUCUAAAAUAGGCCAGAAUUGAGCAAAUGGGGCCUUCCCCUGUACAGUUUCUUUCCUGGCCAGUUUCACACCCCUGUACUUUUACACGUACUUCUAGAUCCCCAAGAAUAUGUUAGAAUCUUUCAAAGUUCCGUAUGGUUAUCUAGAUCUUCCUUUUAGAUUUUUAGCCAGGCUCUAGUUUCCCCCAAACUGAAAUCAUAGCCUUAGGCAUCUGUAAUGCCUUGGGGACUGGGCUUUUUUCACAGACCUGAGUUCUGAAUUAAAUCAAAUGAUAACAAUACCCUGAGAAUGGGGAUUUUCUAGGGAGCUGCUAGUCUGGUUAAAAUAUUGACUGUGUUCUGGGGAUGGGGAUUUUAGUGAAGCUCCAGAAGAUCCUUUGGCUGUGUUAAUGCAGGCUUUCAUGGCUACCAUACCUCUGAGCUUGGGAGGGAGGGAUGAUGAGAAUAGUCUCAUGUUAAAACUUCACAGAGUCUGAUGUCCUAUUGAGAUUCAUUAGUUUUAGUUGUAUCUCUGCUUUUCAGUUCGUUCUGUGCCUUUGGUUCAUUUCCAGUGUUCUGAACUUGUAUUUUUUAAAAUUCUUUGCCAAUAUUUUGUUUUUACAGGGGAGUGGGCUCACUGAAGUCUUGAGUUUGCUGUUCCAGACAGUAAUUUCUUGCUAUCUCUAAUUUCAAAAGAAAAACAGUGUCUCUCUGAGACAUUGCUUCAAUAUUUAUUAUGUAGACAGAUUGUGCUUUAUAAAUGAUAGAUAAAACAUGAGCACUUUUUCUUCUUGCAGAAACUUUUAAGCAUACAUUUGGGACAAUUACAUUUUUUCUUUUUUAGGUUCCUAUUAGUUCUGAUUCUACAGACCCAUCCGAUAAUAUUGAGGUACAGUCUUUGACAUGUCAGAGAGAAUGCAGUAAAACUGUGAACACCGAAGCCUUAAUGACAGUAUUUCACCCUCAGAAUUUGGAGAAUCUUAAUUCCAAAAUGUUGAAAGAAAAAAUGAAGGAACAGUCAUGGAACAUCCUGUUUACAGAAUGUGGGCGUGGGGUUAGCAUGUUUCGGACCAAAAAGACUCGAGAUCUGGUUGUAAGAGGGAUUCCAGAGACCUUAAGAGGAGAGCUGUGGAUGCUUUUUUCAGGUGCUGUUAAUGAAAUGGCUGCUAAUCCUGGCUAUUAUGCUGAAGUGGUUGAGCAGUCCUUAGGGACCUGCAAUUUGGCUACUGAAGAAAUUGAACGUGAUUUGCGUCGCUCCCUGCCUGAACACCCAGCCUUUCAGAGUGACACUGGCAUAUCUGCUCUGAGGCGGGUACUCACUGCUUAUGCAUACAGGAAUCCCAAAAUUGGAUACUGCCAGGCAAUGAACAUUUUAACUUCAGUGUUGCUUCUGUAUGCAAAAGAGGAAGAAGCUUUUUGGCUUCUGGUUGCUGUGUGUGAACGGAUGUUGCCUGAUUAUUUUAACCGUCGAAUCAUUGGUGCCUUGGUGGAUCAGGCAGUCUUUGAAGAACUUAUCAGGGAUCACUUUCCCCAACUUACAGAACGUAUGACCGAUAUGACAUUCUUUUCCUCAGUUUCUCUCUCAUGGUUCCUCACACUUUUUAUUAGUGUGCUGCCUAUUGAAAGUGCAGUGAAUGUGGUGGACUGUUUCUUCUAUGAUGGAAUAAAGGCCAUUUUACAACUGGGAUUGGCAAUACUUGACUAUAAUUUAGACAAACUGAUCACAUGUAAAGAUGAUGCUGAAGCUGUGACAACUUUAAACAGGUUCUUUGACAGUGUCACUAAUAAGGAUAGCCCAUUGCCUUCAAGUGUUCAGCAGGGUUCAAAUGUGAGUGAUGAGAAAAGCAGUCUUAUUAAAGUGGAUAUUACAGAUUUGAUUAGAGAGUCAAAUGAGAAAUAUGGUAAUAUUCGCUAUGAAGAUAUACACAGCUUGCGCUGUCGAAAUAGGUUGUAUGUCAUACAGACCCUAGAGGAAACAACAAAGCAGAAUGUGGUGAGUAUCUGCCCUAUGGGGGGAAAGCCAAUUGGAUUAACAUUUUUUUCCAACUUCCUUUAAAAAAUUAACAUUCCAUGUGAAGAAAAUGAAUAUAACUAAACUUUUGAGCUAGAUUCUUGCCACAGCUUAGCUUACUGUAAAUUUGAGAGGAAGUAAGUUAUUUUCUUCUAAUGGAAUUAUUUUGAUUUCUCCAGAGUGUUUUGUUAUUUGACCUUUAAUAUUGAAUGCUGUGAUAUAGGCAUUUAAGCAUAACAUAUUUUUGACGUGCUUCAUCAUUGCGAACAGCUGACCUACAUAGUCAGUAGUCAUUGCUGUUAAUAUAUUUUAUUAUCCUUAGAAACCUAAGAUAAGGUAAAAAAGCUAUAAAACUGUGUUUCUAAGUACUCUCCUUUUUAAUAUUUGGAUGUCUACAUAAGAAGCUAUUAAUAUUGGUUGUCUCUGGUUAAUGGGAUUAAUAGAUUGCUGGUUGGAAGAGGGAGAGUUUUACUUUGCUGUAUAUAUCCUUCUGUACUGAUUGAGCUUUUAUCAUAAGCAUGUAUUGUUUUUGUAAACUUACUUGCUUAAUGGCCACAUCCUCAGAGAUACCAAUCUGGGAAGAUGAACAUUUCUGAAGAUUCUGGGUUUAGCUCUCAAUUAAAUAAUUCAGUGAUAUUACUGUGACAUAGCAUAGAGCCCCCUUGUUUUGGGUUUUAUAUAUUAACUUAAAAAAUAAGUAAUACAUUUUCACUAUUAAUAACUUAAACAUAACAGAAAUGUAAAAACAUAAAAGUUCCUUCCCUUCCCCUAUGUUCAUCUGUUUUGUUUCUUAAAUUCCACAUAUGAGUGAAAUGAUAUAUCU